GUUAUCUUCAUUCGUUUGAAAAGAGGGAAAAACGAGCAGGUUUUUUUUGAGGAACAAAAAAGAUAGCUCGCGUUCCCCGGCCCCGAGGUAUGAAAGGUGUAGAAGUAAAACCAGACUAGUGAAUGUGCAGCUCAAGACAACUUAAAAAGAAUGUGCCAAAAAUGUAGACGCCUUACCACACAUUAGGACGCUGUGUACAUCUGUGGGCGGAGGCGGCCAAGAAUAGCCGGUAACUGCGCGCACAAUGAUGUCCUUGAAGGCACCUGCAUCAUUUCCGCGAAAGCGCGGUCCACGAAGAAAUCUCUCUGCUAUUAUCCGCAGUCAUGUAGCAGUUUGCGGAAGUCUCCAUGCGUCGAUACUGCAUAGCUUCGUACGUGGUCAGGAGGAUCUGGACGCUAGUGUAGUAGACUUAUGCCUUUGACUUUGAAAAAUGGAAUCAUGCUUUAAGUAGGUCUCAACGAGGAUGGAAAGAAAAUAGGUCGAAUCCUCCAAACUCAAAUAAAGUGCCAAAAAACUCUAAACAAGCACCUUGAGCCUCAACGGAUUGAGGAGGAUGAUCCCUUUGCAAUUGAAGUCGACUUUUUUGGCACAGACCGGCUCCCGCAAACUUCUCUGGCGGAAUCAUUCCGGACAGUGUCGUCAGCUAGCGCAUCAGGCUCAUCUUCUACGUCAUCUUCGCAUAAAGGCACAGGAAGCAGGACCCCUGGAAGUAUUCACUAAGGCGAUAAAGAAGAUGAUAUUUAGGAUUCCAUGAAUGACGGGUGAUACAUUGGAUUUGCUAGACUUAGAAGACCUCUAAUGUUCGAAAGUUGACAGCAAAGCUGGUGGAAUCCAGUUACCGGUUUUGCCACCGUGGCGGACGCCGGACGAUGCUGUAGAAGACGCUGUGUGGGUAAGGCGUGCAAUUCAGCAGUACCACGAAAAUGUACGAUUUCCGAGUAGCGAGUUGAAAAUUAAGGGUUUCCCCUAAUGGUCCAUCUUCACAGAGAGAAGUCAUCCAUCCUAGGAGAGAGGCUUUUCAAGGGAAAAUAAACGCAAGGAGGAUGCUUCUCAGGAUGGAUUACGGUGAGCGCUAAAAAGGCCACUGAAGAUAUCCAGAAAUCACUUUCGCUGGCAGAAUAUGGCUCAGAACACGCGUCGGAAGAGGUGACGUCUGCGGAGAGUGGAAAGACCGGGGAAAGCGGUAGUGGCAGCAGCAGUUUUAUGACAAAAAUGACUGAAGCUCUACUCGUGCUCCUAACUCUUUCACUUUCUACGUACUAUUGAAAUUAAUGAGCUAACACCUACGAGUACGAUAAAAACGUGUAUCUACCAUCUAUUUUUUUAGUGUCCAUCGAUUCUAACUCACCAACAAGCGCAGCCGUAGCCGAGACCUCUGCUUCUAUUGCCAGCCAUCGAACUGAAGCAUCUGUUGCUGCUGCAGAGGCAGAGCAAGUGAAGAGAGAAGGCGUCUUUCUUAGGGGGUUUCCACAUGAUUGCGUCCUGCACUACCAUUCUUGAUCUGUUUCCGAAUAGGAAAGAAGGCAAGGAUGUUGUGAAGAAUGCAAUGGCCGCGAAGCCACUAACUUUCUUUUCUCCAUGUGGACAUCUAUCGGCACGCAAAAUCGCAUGCAAGGAAGCCUCGACACUUGGAUAAGGCUCACAGUAAGUCGUCGUCACAGUCAUCUCUUUCUGUUAGUUUCCUCCUUGGGAAAGGGAACAGCAAUGAAUUGGAAGAGAAUAAAGGAUGAAGUAGUUCCGACAUGAGGUAUAUUGACUUGAGGAGGAGCUGGAGCUCGAGCUCUAUUCAUAUUCUAACCAGUAUGAAGAAUCUCGGCCCACGGCAGGCAGUGAUGAUUGCAUCCGUUUUCCCAGCCCAACAAGAGAAAAAUCAGAAAAUCAUCCGUGACAAAGUUGCGAAAGGGGAAUUGCCUCCGCAGGUAUGCAGAAGUACUAGUAAAGCCUACAUGGUUAGCUUGGGGAAGAUCAUCUGGUAGAAGAUGAUCUAAAUUGUAAUAUAUUUAGGGUGAGGGAAUCCUAGUGAAUUUAGAAUUAUGAUUAUCUCCACAAAAGAUGACGAAAAUGAAGAUUCUGUUGACUCGUCCUCUUAGAAGUGCGUCAAGUAAUGUACUGAUCCAUCACUUCUUCUCGGUACUUUUUAGGUGUUUGCACCCGUAGCCGGACAUUGCCAUGACCGGAUGAGUCGUCGCUUAAAUUUCCCCACUCUGACGAUGGAUGGUAUGGCAGGAUACAGUAUCCGCAACGUCGUCCAUCUCUGUCUGUUGCCGUUUAUGUACCAGUUAUGGACAACAAGAAGACUAUUUUUAUACCCUUAUCGUUAACGUUAUUAAUACAACCCCCUCAUGAGGAUUCGGAUUCCUUACUCUUCUAAGCCAAGUCGCAGCGAGAAUUCCGAAUCUUACGUUUCUAGCGACUUGCGAGGACGAUCACUAUGUGCUUCCCCAACCUUUUCAACUCCGCGUCCAACAAGCCUUUGCACAUCCGCAGGACCAUGAAUUGAAACUGGGAGAUAAUUAUGGCUUUGGCUCAGCCAUGAUGGUGGAAUUUCUGAAAUUAUUCACGACUUCCCUCAGCUGGUAUCAGCAAAUAAAAUCACUAUGACUAUACUGGUGCAAGGGAUGCUGGGCCAGGGCCCAAGGGGUGCUCAAAAUGUAUGCCUUGCUGUACUUCCUCGAAGGUAAGCAGUUUACUCCCUAUCCCGCGAGCGUGGUGGCGUUACCUGGAGCCGGACUGACAAACACGAGUUUGCUGCUGCAAAUGAACGAGGGAACAAGUGGUCCAUCAUCUGCAUCUUUGAAGGCGGUAGAAGUCGUUUCGCAUAACACGAACAGGAGGGCACAGAGGUCUAAGAUCAUUAUGACGAGGAUAUUAUUAUUAACCCUUGGCAUCUUUUUUGAUCCUCUGAUCUACUAAUGGAUUUCGUUAACCUCCUACCGAACAAGACGAGAGAGCAAUCAAGAACUUGAUUUAUUUCGUAAUCAAUCCCAAGGGCCUCUCCCGACUUGAAGUCGUCACACUCCAACACAAGCGCCGGUCAUCAGCAAAAGCGUCUCCGACUUCUGUCAGAGGAUGAGAUGCUAAGUAACGGAACUUUUUCGGCUUCGACUUGGCAAAGCGCGGAUCCGAUGGCGAUGGCGCAGUGGUUCUGCGCUGGUGGGAUGUUUAAGGCCUUCGUUUAGAGACCACACGGGUAAAUAUAAGAAGAUGAACUUCCUUUCUUCGCCAAAUCCCAAGCAUGCAACAAAGUGAUUCGUUCCAACCAUCAUGCUUGAUGCUAGAUGAGAUGCUUGAUCAACAGUAGAGGUAAUCGAAAACUCAAAAUAAGCGAGUUACUGACUGAAAUAAGAGAGUCUGGACUUCUACACUCCUCUUCUUUCAGUAUCUCCCUUAUUUUCCCGAGUACGUUACUCGCUUAUUUCAGUUUUUCGAAAUCUACCAUCUUAUCCACGUCCACAUCAACACUUCAAUACUUCUGUUACUGUUCUCCACAGCUUCUAAUACAGGUGGUCAAUUUGGUUUCGUCUUCAAUGCGGCAGCAACGCACUUACUAGGCUCCGCGAUGUCGCACGAGCGAAUUAUGGCCCACGUCGGUCGGUGGGCUACAGAAGAAGCUGAGCGAAUUAGUAUCGCAGAGGGGAAGGGCAAGAAAGAAUGUAUGGUGAAGAUUGACGAGGACAACGAGAUGAGUAAGAGAAUGAGUAUCUCAUUUUUGACACAAUGUUGUUGAAUAGCAUUCUAAUUAUGUGCACCUCGUUUGCGUUUGGUCGGAAACCAGCAGGCUCAGUCUUUACAUCACGUCGACAUGAGACUUCUACUAUUGUUCUUAAGCAAAUGCAGAAAUAUGUUGAAAGACGACGUAGUUUAGGAUCUGUUUCGUCUUGCCGUGAGUUUAGGAUGACUACUACUACAGAGGACGCGAAUGAAUGAACGACGUGGUUUAACCGUUUCCUUUUCGUUUAUACACACUCAAACAUCAAUUCCUUCAAUCGUCUAAAACAUCCGAAAAGCAUGAUGCCCUUGCUGAUGCAAUUCAGAAGUUGGAAGCGAAAUACAACGAAGCUGGCGAGACGAACAGUGCUGCGCAACUGAAAGCCAUCGCUAGAGGCGCUACCGAUUUGGCGGCUUUGCUCGAAAAAUCAGCUAGAACAAAGGAACAGGACGAGGAGAAAGCUGCUAGAGUUAAGGUUCUGCUCCUGUGUGAUAUUCCAAUGACUAGUGCAGAAUGAUUGACGUAAAUUUCUAUAUGAUCUAGUCGUAUGUGAUUUCAAUUGCUUUGAUCAUAUGAGGUCCGUUUUACUCAUCUGCUCUAAUUAUACAGCGAAGCAGGAUGCGGAGAAUAUAGCGAAGGCUAAAUCAACAGAAUCACCACCAGGGAAAGGAGCAUCGGCUCCAGCAAAGCAGUCCUCUCAGUUUCUCAUGGAGCAGAACAACAACGGCAAAGGAGCUACCAGCACAUCGACAGUCGUAAAAACAGACACCACAAAUGGCGCGGCUUUGAUUAAGGGUUAACGAACUACAUCAUCCUGCAUUACCAUCCUUGGCCCUCUUCCUCGUAGGACUAAUAAAGCCAUGGAUGUUCUCUUCUGAGGAGUGCAAUUCUGAUCCUGCAACCUCUAAUUUGAAAGUAAACUCUUCGUCUGAAGUGGAACGCACAACGAGUGGCUUGCGUAUGAGUCGAAUGGUGGGGAUGUCGCAAAUCAUGGGAUGGCUACUCAAGGACAUCGCGCAAGCGCAUCUGAUGCGACUUCUUUUAUGAUAGGAUGACUUUUCUGUCUCACUCUGUUAGUUUUCUAUUUUCGACUAAUAAUACCUGAAAUGCAAAGAAGGGACGAUGAACAGAAACCACAGUGAAUUUAUCUACACAUAGGUGCUGAUGCUAUGAGCUACAAGAUCAGCCAGCAUUGCAAACGUAAUAAUUAUAGUGUGGGCCGAGUCUCCCUUACAGCGUUUUAUUUGUAACAAAAAGGUGCUUAGAAGGGCUUCCUUAAGGGGACCUCCAUAAGAGGUCUCCACUGAGGGGCGCGCUUAAGAGAGCCUCUGCAUUCCUGAAAAAAGCUCCUUAAGAGACGCUUCUUAAAGCUGUCGCUUCUCUUUGGAAGGACUUGACGACCAAACUUCGUGACAUGUGUCACCAAGUUUGCCCGUUAAAGCCGAUGGGCUUUUCUUUCGCUUUUGACUUCGCGACCAUAUUGCGGCACACAGGCUACGGAACGCCUGAACACCUUCGCGCAGAAAGUGAAGCAUCUUAGGAAGCGAAUGCAUGGCCGUGAAGUCCAAAUGCGUAGGCACCCCGCUUCUCACAGGGGUCAGCUUAGCCACUCAGCCAGCUGAGACACCCAGCCAGCUGAGCCAUUCAGCCAGCUGAGCCACUCAGCCAGCUGAGCCAUUCAGCCAGCUGAGCCAUUCAGCCAGCUGAGCAAUUCAGCCAGCUGAGCUAUUCAGCCAGCUGAGCCAAUCAGCCAUCUGGGGCAUUCAGCCAGCUGAGCAAUUCAGCCAGCUGAGUCAUUCAGCCAGCUGAGCCUUUCAGCUAGCUGAGUUACCCAGACAGCUGAGCCAUUGAUUGGGCCAGCUUGCUGAGCCAUUGGGCCAGCUUAGCCAUAGCCAGCUAUUAUAAGGCUUAGCUUUACUUCCAACGAAGCCAACUAAAUAGAGAGCUUAGAAGCCUUGCGGCCAGCUUAGCGAUGGGGCCAGCUUAGCCACACGGCCAGCAUAGCCAUACGGCGGGCAAGCUUAGCCGUGCGGCCACCUAAAGCUUAGCCAUCUGGACCUUGUUCCUUCGGCGCUCCCUGCGCUGCUAGAAUUCUAGAUCGGCGGCGCUCUCUGCGUCGCCGUUAAGGUCUAGUAAACAUAGACUUGCGCUUACCCAUACUGGCAUAAACUAACAUGAUAAGCGUCAUCCUCUACUUUUUCUACCCUUAGCUGUACCAUUCACUUUUUAUCCUUCAUAUCCCUGGCAGCCGGACAGGUUUGCAAAGCCUCAGACUAGCUAUUCCGACUUUGCACCGAAUUCACGGCAGGAGGUGAUGAAAAAAACAGUCCUCUACCAUUACAUCCAGCCACCCAAGGAUAACAAGUCACCUGGCGAAAAAUACGCAGAUCACUAUUAUGGAAAGAUAGACAUGCACAUGGACAUUAGUCUUAGAUUCUUUUCACCUGUUCUCUUGCUUUUAGCUUCUUUUUCUAGUUAAGUGCCCGACCGGUAGCAUCCCGGCGUGUUGGUUUUUUAAAUAGUUAGCUAUCAGUGCUAUAAUACAGUCUUGCGAUGCCUUUGCUUUUCGUCUGACCUGCACCGUAAGAGAGUGAGAGUGAGAGAAUCCCGGGUCCACCUUUGCUGCUUCAACUUCACCUUCUUGCACUACAAAUCAGGUAGCUCUGGUAACUCAUACUAGUUAAGUGCCCCACCAAUAGCAAUAGUAUUAUGGAAGGAUAAGUAAAGGUGAAUAACACACGGUCACGGGCUAAGUGAUACAGGGUUACCCUGUGGCAGGUGAAUCAGGUGGAGGUUUUAUGCUAUCCUAUACGUGAAGUAGGGCGCAGUAGUUGUGUUACUUCUUUCCAUGCAAUAUAUGCCUGGCACCAGGUUCAUCCUCUAAACCUUCGCCGCUCAUCGGGAGAUGGGAGAUCACAUGAGAGCGAAUCAUAUGAUGGCCGAUGCCAAGAAGAAGAACGACGGCAAGGAGGACGAGAAGAGAAUCCAUGCCGCCAAGAACGUGAUCAAAAACAAUGGCGUCAACGUGAUCAAGAAAAUAGUUGCUCCUGAUAAGAACAUCAACAAAGUGAAGAAUGGACUAGUAGGAACAAAGAUGCCGAAGGUGAAGAACAAAAAAUCUCUGGGUUUGAAAGUAAGAUAAUUGGAUUCUCAAGCCAAAGGUUGUUGUAGCCAUAUAUUUUUUUAAUCAUAAUAUAAGAAUUUCAAUUUCACCAUCAUGGACACGGAACAAGGAGCGAAUAUCGAUUGGAAUUUUCCACUCUGUAGUUCUUGUGACUGAGCCCGACUUGUGACAGAUUUCUUAGAAUACACCGGAAAAACGCGAGAGCACGAUAGUUUCAAUAACGUUGCUAGUCUUCGUGAGGUCUCAUAGAUGUUGAUAUGUACAGGUGUUUGAUGGCAUUCAGAUUCAUAUUUCACAUCUUUGUUCAUGUUCAACAUCAACAUCAACAUCAUACACAAUUAUGUAUACCCAUAAUUCAUCGUCCUCUCUGUAUUCCAAGCCCUCGUAGUACUCCCACAAUCAUUUCUUAUGUACAACUUCAACUUGAUAUCUACCUAAUAUGACGAGUAUGAGUGAGUCUAUCUGUUAAGAAUUUCGUUUCGGGGACAGACAGACACAUAACUUUGUUUCGGGGAUAGUCUGACACAGCAUCAACUCAGAACAUACUUAUUGUUUAUGUGCAGCUCAUCCAGAUCUUCAUGUCCAUCGUCAUCAGUCAAAAAUAUCAAGUGCGUCGAACGUGUGACUCGUGCUUCAUCUGAAACAAGGACUCCAAGAGUCUGAGUGUACAAACAGAAACUUACAACAGACGUUUUACACUUCCACACAGUGGUAAAAACUACCUCACCAACAGAAGUAUUGACUACAUGGAC